GUAAGAUUUAACUGACCACAAGUUAUUCGUGUUCUAUUACAGAUAUAUGUACAUGUUACGCGUAGAAAGUUAUAUGAAAGACGUAAUUUCCUGUGAUUCAUUUUUUAAAUUGUUUAAUUUUUCGCAGUCUAUAAUAACGAUAACAGACAAUACGAUACGAGAACUUUGUCCGUGUCUACUUCUAGGAGUGUAUUCGUGUAUUCAAUCACUUGCAGUGUGCCCGAGGCCGAGUUGAGUAAUACAUGACAUACUACCAUCAAGUACUACAUACGUACUGCUAAUAUACUUUAAACGCUUUUGUGGGUUAGGGUAGUACAUACCCAUCUGUUGACCUCAUAAACGUCAAAAUGCUUCGAAUUGCGAAUUUUGUUAUUCAAAAACCUAAAAAUUUUGUAAAAGUCAUAGAUUCGAAUUUGAGAUGUUUAGCAACACAAGCAGUUGCAAAAAAUGCACCAAAAGAAAAAGCACAGAAAAAUGCAUCAACAAAGGAAUCACAAUCAUUUACUAUGAACAUCUUCAGAGGCCAACUACAACCUAGCCAAGUAUUUCCUUUCCCAGAAGUAUUAAAUGAAGACCAGCUUGACACAUUAAAACUUUUAAUUGAUCCUUUUGAAAAGUUCUUCGAGGAAGUAAAUGAUCCAAUGAAGAAUGAUGAAAAUGCAUAUAUAGAUGAAAAGACAAUGUCUACAAUGUGGGAAACAGGAGCAUUUGCUCUUCAGGUUCCAGAAGAAUAUGGUGGUUUAGGAUUAAAUAAUACUCAAUAUUGCAGAUGCGUUGAAGUUUGUGGAUACCAUGAUUUAGGUAUUGGCAUUACCUUAGGAGCACAUCAAAGUAUAGGUUUUAAGGGUAUACUCCUAUUUGGUACACCAGAACAGAAGAAGAAGUAUCUUCCAAAGGUUUGCAACGGAAAUAUGGCAGCAUUUUGUUUAACUGAACCAAGUUGUGGUUCAGAUGCUGGUUCAAUUCGUUCUCGAGCAGUUAAAUCUGAUGAUGGAUCACAUUAUAUAUUAAAUGGAAGCAAGAUUUGGAUAUCAAAUGGUGGUUUAGCAGAAAUACUGACUGUGUUUGCACAAGUUCCAACAAAGGACCCAAAAACAGGAGAAGUACAGGAUAAAGUUGCUGCUUUUAUUGUUGAAAGAUCAUUUGGUGGCGUAACAAGUGGGCCACCAGAAAAGAAGAUGGGUAUUAAAUGUAGUAAUACAACUGAAGUACAUUUUGAAGAUGUUAAAAUACCUGCAGAAAAUAUUCUAAGUGGAGAAGGUCAAGGCUUUAAGGUUGCAAUGACUAUUUUAAACAAUGGUAGAUUUGGUAUGGCAUCUGCUCUUGCUGGAACCAUGCGUUAUUGUAUUAAGAAAGCUACCGAUCACGCAACACAACGUGUACAAUUUGGACGCACAAUUGAUAAUUAUGGAAGUAUCCAAGAGAAAUUGGCUCGUAUGGCAAUGUUACAAUAUGUAACUGAAUCUCUUGCAUACACAAUUUCUGGUAAUAUGGAUAGUGGAAGUCAGGACUACCAUCUAGAAGCAGCAAUCUCUAAAUGUUUUGCAUCGGAUUCUGCAUGGUGGGUUUGCGAUGAAGCUAUCCAAAUAUUGGGUGGAAUGGGAUACAUGAGAGACACUUGCCUUGAACGUGUUAUGCGAGAUCUACGUAUCUUCAGAAUUUUUGAAGGAACUAACGACAUCCUCCGUCUCUUUGUCGCACUGACUGGAAUUCAGCAUGCUGGCAGUCAUUUGAAAGAAUUACAAAAAGCUUUUAAAAAUCCCACUGCUAAUUUAGGAUUAAUUUUUGAGGAAGCAACGAAGAGAGCAACGCGAGCGAUUGGCUUAGGACUAGCACCUAGCCUUACACACUUAGUUCAUCCUAAACUGGAAGAAAGUGCUACACUAUGCACUAAGGGUAUAGAAGCUUUUGGUCAAAGCAUAGAAUCUAGUCUCAUCAAAUAUGGACGUGGAAUUGUAGAUGAACAAUUUGUGCUUAAUAGAAUUGCACAAGUAGCUUUUGAUACAUACACCAUGGCUAUUGUAUUGAGCAGAGCAACGAUGGCUGCCAAUAAAAAUCUUCCAAGCACAGAAUAUGAGAUUACUAUGGCUCAGACAUGGUGUGCUGAAGCAUCCGAACGCGUGAAACAAAACUUAACAACAAUUUCAUCUGGUAAGCAGUUAGACGUGUUUACUAAAUUAAGUAAAAUUUCGAGAAACGUGUGUGAUCACGGAGGAUGUGUUCAAUCGAAUCCUCUAGGUUUUUAAGAAUUAUAAAAUUAUUGAUAUAUGAAAUUAUAUUAUCUCAAAUAAUCUAUAAAUAUCACGAAAAAUUAACCACUCGUGACUACGAAACUCGAAAAUGUAGUUUCUUUUUAAAUUUUUAAUAAGCAAUGAGCAAUGCAACGAAUAAUACUUAAUGUAAUAUUGGAGGAAUUAUAAAAAUUUAUAACUGUAUAGUA